AUGAAACGGGGGAGCGUGUGACUGUGGGACAGAGGAGAGGCGGAGGGAGGAGGUAAGAGGGAGACAGAGGGAGGAGAGAGUAAUGCUCAGACAAUCCCUGAGUGUGAGGGAGAGGUAGAAUCAAGAGGAGCUGGCCGGGAAACAAUAGUAGAACAAAUCCUGUGUUGCAUGCAGGAUCUCAGCCUCUCAGCUGACUGCGAUUGAAGACUGGGGUGGAUUGAGACGGUGAGGGAUGGAGUGGCCAACCCUCCUGACACCUUUUUUCCCCUAUAUCAUCCUGACCUUCAAUCUUCAUUGCACCAGCAGGAACAAAAUAAGAGCCUUCCCUGUGUGAGACUCAGCUAACUAACGUGGAUUAAGUGCCAGAGCGACUGUAGUUAAGAAACGUGACACAUUGGCCACCCCUGGAGCAUCAGGAGCCUCAGGGUUUCCCAGUCAUGAAAGCUUCAAUCUCUGUCGGUCCUCCUUCUGGACUCCUGCUGGUCCUGAUGUGUUGUCCUCUGCUGGGUUUCGUCCAGUCUGCCAGCAGCAACAAGGCUGGUGAUAAGGGACACCAGCAUCUGGUCGAUACUGACCCAGAGCGCUGCAUGAGGCACCACUUUGUGGAGACCAUCACACAUCCAAUUUACAAAUGCAACUCUAAGAUGGUGUUGCUGGCGCGCUGCGAGGGCCACUGCAGCCACACCACCCGCUCAGACCCUCUCAUCUCCUUCAGCUCUGUGCUUAAGCAGCCAUUCAAGAGCUUCUGUUCCUGUUGCCGACCACACACCUCCAAGCUGAAGGCAGUGAGACUGCGCUGCGCUGGCGGGACUCGCAUUACAGCUACCUACAGAUACAUCCUAGCCUGCAACUGUGAGGAGUGCAGCUGAGUCGGCAGCAGUUCCCUCCAAGACCCCCAAGACUCUCAAGCUCCAGCGUUAUUCUUGGCCUCGGACCUCAUUCUAAAACGGCUCAAAGUGCUUGGUUGAUUUUUGGAUGAAGAAUAUGUUCCAAAAAUGUUGGACUUUAACAGUUUGGAGGAAUCAGAUCCCCCUUCACAUGCUCCUUAUAUUUGACCUGCAGCCCUGGGACACAUGUACAACAUACUAUACCUUCUCCAUUAUAUGUGCUUUCAAUCAUGGUGAACCAUGCAAGGCAUAUUUCUUCAGCUCACUAUGCCAAACACCACAAACCGCUGAUCCCAGGGGCCAGUUUCAGACCCUCCUCACCCGAGGACACACUCCACUCAUUACAGGUCUCCAUAAUUCAUUACACACGCGCUCGCAAAACGGCAGUGUGAUGCUUAGAAAUAUCUAUGACAGCUAAAUGAACCCCUCCCAUGGAUUUGACAACGAAACAACAUGCCUCAUUAAAAUGCAGCAUGGGAAAGGAGGAGGCCCCCACACGAACGAGGGGGGUCUGCAUGAGCCCAGUGUAUGGUGGAUCUAUACACGAACAUCUGCGCCGUUACUCAUCCAAUAACAUUUUACACACUCCCUGCAGACAAUCAUCUAGCAGUAUAAAACUACAGGAGAGCUCAUCAUGUGAAUAACAAAAGUGAAACAGGGCAAAAUGAACCCUGAGGUAAAAGCACGACCAAGGACAAAGGUGUAACCCACCUCUGGGUGUUGGUUUGGAUUGUGGCUAGAUGGUCAGUCAUGCUAGUGUUCAUUAAAAGUGUAAUCUACUUGAGUCUUUGUGAUGUUCAUGUCAGCAUUAGUGUAACUGCAGCCACCAUCAUGCCAAGUUAAUAGAGUGCCUUGCAAACAAAUUUAUUCUCCUUUUUUCACAUUUUGUUAUUUAUUGAGAUCUUAUGUGAUAUACCAACAUAAACUGGUGCACAGUUGUUGAGUGGAAGAAAAGUCAUGCAUGAUUUUCAGCAUGUUUUGAUAAUGAAAAUCUCCACUACAUUUGUUUUAAGCCCUCCUCAGUCAAUACUUUGUAAAACCACCUUUUGCACUAGUUUUUUUGGUGUGUACAUUCCUACCACCUUUAUACAUCUAUAGACUGAAAUGUUUCUAAUUUGUAAAAUGUACUGUUAACGAAAGGAUUCACUCACCCUUCCGAACCAUUGAAUUCAGGUGUUCCAACCACGUCUAUGGGCCCAGAUGUAUACAAAUCCAGACUGCUGGAGGUAGUGGAGAGUUGUAAAAUAAUAUAUUGUUCUUAGAAGCUCAAUGAAAUUUCAUAGUUGCUAAAUAGUCCAGGGUGCUCUGUUAGUGAAAUUCUUACAAAGUAGAAGUAACUGGGAGCUACAGCAACUCAGCCACAAAGCGUUAGGCCGCAUAAAAUUACAUAGUGGUAUCAAUGGAAGCUGUGGAACAGUGCGCACAGAGGUUGCCAACUUUCUGCAAUAGCUACAGAGCUCUAAACUUCAUAUAGAGCACAUUGAGAGCUUCAUGGAAUGGGUUUUCAUGGCUGAGAAGUUGCAUCAAAGCCCGCACCAACCAAGGGCAAAACAAAGCAUUGGAAGCAGUGGUGUAAAGCAUACCGCCUCUUGAGUGUAGAGCAGUGCAGACAUGUUUUCUGGAGUGACGAAUCACAGCAAUCCAAUGAUCGAGGUUAAAUAGUUGGUAGAAGAACAGCGUUCGCCUGACUGUAUUAUGUUACGUCUAAAGUUUGGUGCAGAGAGGAUUAUGGCGUUGGGAAAGUUUGUCAAGGGUUUCACUUAAAGGAACUCUUCAUGCUGCACUUAAUCAAAACAUUUUUGACUAUUUUUUCUCAGCUGCAUAAAGACAUGGGUAAGAGUUUGGUUUAGAAAAAACCUGACUGGCCUGACCUCAACCUGACCUUUGGGAUGAAUUGGGACUGUGAGCCAGGCUUGUCCAACGUCAGUCACUGACCUCACAAAUGCUCUUAUAGAAGAAUGGUCCAAAGUUGCCGUAAACACACAAGUUCAUAUGUGUGUGAGGGCAAGUGAACAAAUACUUCUGGCAACAUAGUGUAGCUCAAGCCUAACCUGGAAGGAGGGCAUCUAUAAAUAACAAUAUUUAAGCCUUGCCACAGAUUCUCCAUUGAAUUUAGGUCUUGACUUUGACUGGGCCUUUCUAACAAUACAUAUGCUGUGAUUUAAAUUGUAGCCCUGGUUGUAUGUUUAUUGUUGUUGUCCUGCUGGGAAGUGAAUGUCCCCCUCAGUCUCAAAAUCUUUUAGAGACUUCCACAGAUUUCCACCCAGUGUUGCUCUACAUUUAUCUCCAUCCAUCUUCCCUUAAACUCUGACCAGCUUCCUUGCCUCUGCUGAAGAAAACCAUCCACACAGCAUGAUGCUGUCACCACCCCAAUGUGUCAUGGGAUGGUGUGUUGAUGUGAUGUAAAGUCUUGGUUUUCUGCUACAAAGUGUUUUUGCAUGUGUGCCAAAUGGUUCAAUUUUGGCCACAUUUAACCAGGUCACCUUCUUCCACGUUUCUACUGUCCUCUACAUGCCAGUGGAACACUUUAAAUGAGACCUGGUAUGGUUUCUUUUAACAAUAGUUUUCUUCUUGCAACUCUUGCAUAAAGGUCAGGUUAGUGUAGUGCACGACAGAGAGGCCUGUCAACAGAUUCCUCCACCUCAGCUGCAGAGAUCUGCAGCUCAGGUGCACAAACUAUAUACACAAUACUAUAAUUGCUGCCAAGCGCAUCUUUUUUUUUCCACUUUAUAAUUGUGCACUACUUUGAGUUGGGCUAUCACAAAAUCCCAAUAAAACACUGAAGUCUGUGGUUGUAAUGUGACAAAAUGUGAAAGUGGUAUGAAUACCUGUACAAGGCACUGUACAAUUGCUGCUAUUGCCCGUUGUGUAUUGUUACUCCUUACAUGUUGAAACAAUGCUACAGUUGCUCUGCAAAUGUCUAUGAUACCUGCAAACAUUCUCCUUACAGUCGACAACAAUGAAUACAGAACUUUAAACUCUUACACAUUUCUUUGUCUGUGUGUGACUCAUUCUGCCUUCGGAACCUCUGGUCAGUGUAUCUAAGUGUAAAAUAUGUCAGUGUUGAAAAUGUGGUUUUUGUAUAAUUAAAACUCUGAAACCACAA